UGUGUUUUUCGUUACGUUCUGACCAUCCGGCUGUGACUUUGUUCUCUCCGGCGGAGCUCCGGAUUGUGUGUGGUGUAUGUCGUCGUGGUCGUCGUUGUCGGCGUCGUCGUUGGUGGCAGCAAAAAUACGAUAUGGUGGAAUUAUAAUGCCACUUGGUAUAUAGCAUAUACCAGAAGAGCGAACCUGCAUGAUAGCAAAGUGGGAACUCUGAUGCCAUACAGUCACUCGUGUCGGAACGGGACGGGUGUAUCCGGUGAGAUGAGACAGUAUUACGCCUGCCAACGACAGGGAGGAGGAGUUUGUGCCGUGGCUUACGGCAAACGUAAAAAAUGUGGAAUUUCGAAAUCAAGUAGGACGAAUCAUAAAUUCUCCAUUGCAUGCACUUUCCGCGCGUGUUCUGAUCUCCGGGAGAUGAUGAUGGUGAUGUAGCAACAGGAGCAGCAGCAGUAGCAGCAACAGAGUGGCAGACAGGAUUCAAGGGCUACGGUCUUACCACGAUGUCGACGUUGGCAGUGUGGUUGUUGUUAUCGAAUUAACGGAGUGAUUUUUAGUCGCUGAUCGGAUCGCGACGGACGCGUAUGGAAUUCUUCUGCAGCUCUGGCAGGACAAGCACCGUACUAUCGAUUCACAGUUGGGUGCUUUGGUCAAUUGUCUUCGGCCGGAUCUAGGUUCGCUUUGCGUCGGAAGUCCAAAUCUGCCGGAAAACUUGUAUUGCAGAAAAAGUACGGUCGUUCGGUUAAGUUUUUCGGGAAAAAAAUGCAACUGCAUCGUUUCAUGUAGAUACUAUCCUCAAUCGGGACAGGCAACGUCAACGACGUCAGUUAAUUGGAUUCUUUCGGUGCAUCGUUCAGUGAAACGCAUUUCGCGUCAGUGUUUUUUGUGAUUUAAACCGAGGCUUUGGUUGAAGCGCAGUGAAGCUAGACUCGAGCACCGAGGUUCGAAACUAAUGAGCGGAAUUGAAAAGGAUUAACGUGUGACGGUUGCAACCAGUGAGUCAAGUGAGCUUUUAAAAAGCACAUUUACGAGUGGCAGAAUCUCGUCAAUCGUGGCACAGUUAGAGAUCAAAUGGAAUAAUUUUGAUCGUCGCAGGUGAAGUGAACUAGGGUGAAAAUAAACAAGUCGUGCUGCAUUUUGCGGUUGAAGCGAGUGAAUGUUUUGCUUUCGUAAUAUGGAAAGCACGACGGUUUUGCAGGAAAACAAAACAGGUUUCAACAAGGCCUCCAUUGCAGACUUCUAUGAUAAGCUAGAGAAGGACGAAAACGGUAUACAAGCUGGUCGAGGAUUCAGCAUUGAUGAUGCAACGCACGGAGCUCUGGCUAGGUCUGAGAAUGGACUACCCGGAAAAUCCGAGCAUCGCGGAUCACCGAUAUCUUGCUAUUCCCCGCAAAACCGACUUCUCUCAUGGCCUUCCCAACACUUAACACCGGCUAGCGAGGGUGGCAGUCUUAGUGCCCGGAAAGCGCAAAACUUGGGGCUGAUAUGCGUGGUCUGUGGCGACACUAGCUCCGGUAAACACUACGGGAUUCUGGCGUGCAACGGUUGUUCCGGUUUCUUCAAACGAAGUGUUCGACGAAAAUUAAUCUACAGGUGUCAAGCAGGCACGGGAAACUGUACUGUGGAUAAGGCGCAUCGAAAUCAGUGUCAGGCCUGUCGGUUGAAGAAAUGUCUGAACAUGGGAAUGAAUAAGGACGCAAUUUCACAACCAAAGGCUGGAACUGGCAAGGCAAUGAAUUCUUUUCUACACUAUGCAGCGGUCCAAAAUGAGCGACAACCACGUAACACGGCAACAAUCAGGCCGGAAGCACUGCGGGAUAUGGAGCAGGGACGUGCCCUGCGGGAGGCUGCGGUCGCGGUCGGCGUUUUCGGACCUCCGGUUUCGUUGGCCCUACUUUCACCGUCCCGUUACGGACCCAGCAUUCUACCAGGCCCGGGUCUACCAACAAGUCAAUUUCUACACCACCACAGUCAAGUUUCCUCACUGGUGAACAGUCUUCCUCAUCAUCAUCCUCAUCACCCGCACCACGCAAUGCAUGGUCUUGCAAACGGCCUAUCACUGGGCCUGAACGGAGUCAACGUAGCUAGUCACAAUGCGUCGGCAGUUGCGGCCAUGACGGCCGUCAACAGCAUCGGUAGCAGUCUUAACAAUAACAACAACAGUCCACUAGUAAGCAACAAUAAUCUCAGCUCGUCGGCGGAAAAUCCAAACAACAACACGCAAUCUUCGAAUCAUUCCAACAACAGCGAACAGCACUCUCCCGUCGGUGGAACGUCGCCGGUGCAUCAGAACUCGAAUGGUGCUGGCUCCGGUGGUCUCAAUGCGACCGCUCAGGAAAGCUCCUCGAUUAAGCAGCACGCCCACAGCAGUUCAUCCUGUGGUUCGGCGAGUCCGAUUCUGCAGGACGACACCGGCAACGACAACGACGAUGAUUCCAUUGAUGUCACCAACGAUGAAGAUACGGAACCUGUUCAGAGCAAUACCGUCAUUCCGAGUCUGGUAAAUCAUCCACUGUACGGCCAAAGUCCGAUGUUCAAUUUCCAGGAAACAAUAUACGAAACCAGCGCUCGGCUUUUGUUCAUGGCCGUGAAGUGGGCGAAGAAUUUGCCCAGUUUUGCUAGUUUAACUUUCCGAGACCAGGUCAUUCUGUUGGAGGAAUCGUGGGCGGAAUUGUUCCUCCUGAACGCCAUCCAGUGGUGCAUGCCAAUCGAUACGUCGGCCUGCACUUUAUUCUCGCUGAACGAACAUUGUUCCAGUGUGAACAACUCCGGUGUCUUCAAGCCUGGUCAACUGGCACAAGACCUACGAGUUCUAAACGAUACUCUUUGUCGAUUCAAAUCGGUCAUGGUGGAUCCAGCGGAGUUUGCUUGCAUGAAGGCGAUUGUGCUCUUUCGGUCAGAGGCCCGUGGUCUCAAAGACCCCGUUCAGAUUGAAAACCUACAGGAUCAGGCGCAGGUUAUGUUGGCGCAACACUCGCGAACUCAGUUUCCCGGUCAAAUCGCUCGCUUCGGAAGACUACUGCUGAUGGUUCCGUUGCUAAGGAUUAUCAACUCGCACAAAAUCGAAUCUAUCUACUUCCAGAAAACGAUCGGUAACACCCCGAUGGAGAAGGUUCUUUGUGAUAUGUACAAAAAUUAGCGGCCAUACAUUGCUUCGCAGCUUCAACGCUACCCGAAUAUGUGAAUAUAGAAUUAGACUAGUAUAAAAAUUUCCAAUAGACACAUGUCGGUUAAAUUGCACAUGCAUAAAUCCACUGAAUCCGGCAGGCUUCAAAUACUGGCUGGAACGAGCUGUUUGCCAAUUUUCCGAACGCAGUGGACAGGUUCGACAGUUGCGGUGAAAAGAAACUUAUUCAAUUUUGAACCAUUUGCGUAAUUAUUAGCAUCGAAUGUAGUUUUUUUUUGUGCAAAAAUUUCUUUUCCUGUUUCAAUUUGCUCGCCAUGCUGACUAAUCGAACAACACCGAUAUGCGAUGAUGGUGUGGCCGCCAGGAGGAUAAACUACCGCGCCAACCAUCUUCCGGUGCCACCUGCCAAGCUAAACACCAAACCAGGCAGAUUUCACAUUUGCGGAUUCGUGCGUAAAUUAUUAUGCGGUCACAUUUCACGUCACGUGUUUGCAGCGGAUAUUGGCGAAUAGCUGAAUAGUCGUUGUUAUUUUUUUUUGCUUCAGUCUGGUUCAGUGCUUAUUGGGCAAAUGCUUUCCUACCGAGCAAUCACUGCAUCGGACAGUUUAUUUGAUUGCACAGCCGUUUUGCUGCCAUCUCGUGGCCCUGCAUCCUGGCAACAACCUGGUGAUAGUUUCACCGGUGAUUAUUUAUUCAUUUACAGCUGGGAGUUGUGGAUGAUUAUUAGAGGAUAAGAAUGGGAUGAUCACAUAUAAUCGGAAUUUAGUUUUGAGGCACUAUUUGUUACCAUAUACAGACAGAGAAGCAACAUUAAUACGGUGCACCAUAGAAUGUUAUGCAUAGGAAAUAAUGGUUCUAAGCUGGUACAAUAUGCAAACCAAGCCAUUAAAAGCACCAUGUAUAAUGACGCGAAAGAUGUGCAAUGAAUGAAUGUUAGUUCAUAAUUAUAUAUAUCGAAUAUUGUAAAUAGUUUCAAUGCAAACAAACGCUAAUCGUACGGUAACUACAAGAGCUCUAAGUAAAUUAACUGGCUCGUCAAUGUAUGACGCAAUGACUAUUUUGAAGUGUGA